UCCGGGAUCCCGUUAUCCCAUAUCCAUUGCCAGAUCAACAAUUUCAACACCAAGACAAGCCAGCAGCUGCUUGACCUUCCACGCCGCCAACAGAACACAUAACCGUAGACUUCCCAUCCGAUCCCGAUCAACAAACAUUCCGGUUAAUCAGUUUGAUCACGCCAUGAGCUCUCGCAUGGCCGGAGCCACGCUUCUCCGCCACCUGGCCCCCCGCCUCGUCGCCGCCGCGGAGCCGGCGUCCGGGCUCGCCGCGAGGAGCAUCAUGCCCGCGGCCGCCAGGAUUUUCCCCGCCCGGAUGGCAAGCACAGCCGCCGCCCCGGAUGUCCAAGAAGGCGCCGCCGGCGCCACUGGAAAGACCGAGGGCCAGAGCAAGACCAAGGCCGUGGUCAGCUACUGGGGCAUCGAGCCACGGAAGCUCGUCAAGGCGGACGGCACCGAGUGGCCGUGGUUCUGCUUCAGGCCGUGGGACACGUACACGGCGGACACGGCGAUCGACAUGCAGAAGCACCACGAGCCCAAGUCCCUGCCGGACAAGAUCGCGUAUUACACCGUCAAAACCCUCGGUGUCCCCAAGGACCUCUUCUUCCAGCGCCGGCACGCGAGCCACGCAUUGCUGCUGGAAACAGUAGCCGCCGUCCCUCCCAUGGUGGGCGGCAUGCUUCUCCACUUACGCUCGCUCCGGCGCUUCGAGCACAGCGGCGGCUGGAUCCGGGCGCUCAUGGAAGAAGCCGAGAACGAGCGGAUGCACCUCAUGACAUUCCUCGAGGUGACGCAGCCCAAGUGGUGGGAGCGCGCGCUCGUGAUGGCCGUCCAGGGAGUCUUCUUCAACGCCUACUUCGUCGGAUACCUGGUUUCCCCCAAGUUCGCGCACAGGUUCGUCGGGUACCUUGAAGAAGAGGCCGUGAAGUCUUAUACCGAGUACCUUAAGGACCUGGAGGCUGGGAAGAUCGAGAACACCCCGGCGCCGGCCAUUGCCAUCGACUACUGGCGCCUCCCCGCAGAUGCUACGCUCAAGGACGUCGUCGCCGUCGUCCGCGCCGACGAGGCCCAUCACCGCGACGCCAACCACUACGCCUCGGACAUCCAUUACCAGGGAUUGACGCUCAAGGAGACGCCUGCCCCGAUCGGGUACCACUGAUCUCAAAUGGACGGUCGAUGCCUGCUCAUUUCACCACACGUGCUGCUGCGGCCGCCACCAAUCUUAGGCCUCUGUUCGGGAUAAAUUGUUCCGCGUGCACUAUAUAUGUUUAUGUAACUGAAUCACGUCUCUUGUCACUUGGUUAAUUUCGAGUAUGUUUGUAACGCAUGUAAAUAUGAUAAGAUUACUCGCUAAUAAGUAAUAAGAAAGUCUAAUAUGCAUGCAUACCGUUUA